UCUCACCAUCCUAAAAGCAGAUUUGUCCAGUUGAGACAUGUCACGUUUUUUAUGUGUACAGCAGGGGCGCUAGGACCGUGAGGGAGAGCGCCUCUAAAUGCAUUUUCAGUAACAUUUUCAGACAGUUAUUUGUAAGCGCGUUUGAGCCGGAUAGCAGUUGAAGCGACUCACACGGACGGACAGCCACUUUGAGUAGGAAUGAAUAUAAGCCAAUAGUUGACUCUCACCAAUAAACUUUGCUUUGACCGAAUUGAUUAGGACACGUUAUCAAAGUGGGGACUCGCUCUCUGCGGAACUGUGAAGAGAGAGAGAGAGAGAGAGAGAGAUAGAUAGAUACCUGUCACACUGAAGCGAUGGGAGAAAUCUGGAGAAUUGAUAUGCCCGAUAUUUUUGAAGGGGGCGAAAACGUGAAUUGGAUUUAAACACAGACUAACCUUUUAACAAAAAGGUACAGUAUGACAUUUAUUGUCAUUCUAAGUAGCCUAAUAAUUUGUUAAUCGUUAUUUUGAAUAUAAUUAUAGCUGGUUUGUCACCAGGAGGCUACAUUGUAACAUCACUUUUUUUAGUCUGGGAAAUGUUUUGCAAAGUAACUAAUAUUGUUGCUCCACUACUGUAAGUGAACGUUUCAUAGCUAAACAUGUACUUUUGCCAAAGUCACUCCCCCCCUUUCAGUGAGUUGAGUAUACUGCCUCCCACCCAGCACUAUUCCCCUGUAUUGGUGCAACUCAAUAGUGACAGGGCAAGGUAAACAUCAUCUGUUGUCUUUGGGGUCUAACAACAACCCAACGAGUGUACAUGGCACAGUACUACAUUCACUCAUGAUGAAUGUGGUUGGGGAAUGACAAAAGACCCAGUGAGGGGGUUUUCAGGACAAAGCUCUGGCCCUGGGAAGCAGGUUGUUCUCAGAAUUCCAGAGCCUUCACUCAAGGGUCAAAGAUGAGAUGAAGAAUGCCGACAACAGCUUUCAGUGUUUUUCUCAAUGACCAUGUAUCCACAUCCAAACUCUGGCCUGGCUCAUCUCUCCAUCUUAGUCCUGCUCCUCUCACUCCUCCUCCCCCUCUCUCUGCCAUCUCGAGCCCCCCCUCACCAACUCCCCGUCCACCUCCCCUCACUGGUGCCCCAUGCACCCCUGCCCCUCUCCCGCUCUAGCUUCAGUUCCCAGACUCAACUAGACUUCACCACUCACUGCAAUGCCAGCUGUUACCACAAAGGAGCGCAAGAGAGCAGGCGAGAGCACCUGACUGAGCAGCUGGCAUUCGAGACGCUCUAUGCAGACGGUUCUCGUACCCUCACCACUGUGGAUGUGGCGGAUGAGGAUAAUUAUGAGGGCACCAUCAGUCCUGCCAUUCAACCUCCAACAAGAGGACGUAGAGUUACCAGUAGGCACAGACGUCAGAAAAGACAGAUCUACGGGGCUGAUGGGCGCUUCAACAUACGCGGUGACCACUUCCUGUUGGACUACCCAUUCUCCACAGCUGUGAGGAUCUCCACCGGCUGCACUGGGGUCCUAGUGUCUCGACUCCAUGUCCUGACGGCCGCCCACUGUGUGCAUGAUGGGAAGGACUACGUCAAGGGAGCCCGUAAACUGAGGGUAGGCUUCCUGACUCCUCCGUACAUCAACGGCACCAAGCCCAGCCAGACCCCCACCAAGAAGCCCCUGGUGCGCUGGGUCCGGGUCAAACGCACCCGUGUCCCAAAGGGCUGGAUCCAGGGCCCCCAAGAGGUCAGCAUGGACUUUGACUACGCCCUCUUGGAGCUGCGCUGGCCCCAUCGCCGGCCCUUCAUGCGUCUGUCUGUGGCUCCCUCCUCUGACGACCUGGCAGGGAAACGCAUCCACUUCUCUGGGUUUGACAGUGACAGGCCUGGGGAGCUGGUCUACCGCUUCUGUCCUGUGGAGGACGAGUCUAACGACCUGAUCUACCAGCACUGUGAUGCCCGGCCGGGGGCCAGCGGCUCUGGGGUGUACGGCCGCGUGUGGGACACGGCUCUGGAACGCUGGGAGAGGAAAGUCAUCGGCAUUUUCUCUGGACACCAGUGGCUGGAGAUUGAUGGGGAGAACCGCGACUACAACGUGGCUGUGAGAUUCACCCCGCUGAAGUUUGCCCAGAUCUGUUACUGGGUGCAUGGGAACCGAGUGGACUGUAGUCAGGACUGAGAGAGAAGGGGAGGGGGGAUGGCCUAUAAAAAAAGAGGCUAUGAAGUCCAUGACAGAUAACUAUUUAAAGUAAGCACAAAAACCUUUAAAGGAGAUGUGGAGAGGAAAUUACUCCCCAACUCAAUUUUUAAAAGGGUAAGAGUGAAACUGGAUUUAAUCCUAAUAAAACAUCUACAAUACUAUCGAAAACAGGACUGCUAAACCGUCAUACACCGUAACAGGUUUCCCUUGGAGGUGUUAACCACUGUGACUAGGAGCCUUGCUGUUUUAUAACUAUGGUAGCAGCCAUUAACUUUAUACUUUGGAAUAGUAUUGAACAGCGUUAGCCAAUGGAGCAACUAUUGGACUUUGUUUUUUUUAGAUAUCAUACUCUCCCAUUGUUCUCCGUAAUACUGUGGCUGCAUGUUUUCAACAUUUAGGAUCAAAUGUGCGGGUGUGGAGUUGAUUUUACAAAGAGAUGUGGGGAGGGUACCGUCACUUAAGGAUGUGAAUGAUUUUGGAAAGUACAGGGACUUCUCAUUCUGGAUUAGAAAGACACCUGUAAAAUAUAUACACUCAGCCCCAAUGGUCCAGAGGCAUAUCUAGCCACACUGACAAGAUACGGCACCUCAAUACACCAAACAUGUCAAAAAGGGUCAAAGGUAUCAAUGGUGAAAUCAACAAAAGUCAGACUCUGAAAACCUAAGGGAAUUUCUUACUCAAUGCUGGCAGCAUAAACUACUUGCUUUCAAGCGGGUUAGGGGGUGAAAAUCAGAAUGUUGGUGACAUUUUUUGUAAAUGCCUAUUUUAAUAAAUCUUUUAGUUUAUCAUUAAUGCUUGUGUCAGUUAUGGAAACCAACAGGUAUACAAAAAAUGAGUUGCUACUUGCUACUGUAAAAUGGAAUCCACUUUUCGGAGUUAGAGUGCCCUCAUGUGGUCAGUAUGUAAACAUUUAGGAUACAUGCCUUUGGUCUUUAUUUAAAUUUUUUCAAAUUUGACCACUUCUGACAAUAAAACUCAAUCAAGCAGAUGUUAAAAGGUAUACAUUGCACAGAAAACCAAGUUCACCAAUUUCAAAUAAAAGUAUCACUUCCCAGUGUAAGCAGGUUCCUGAACCAACCAAACAUUUAAUAGAUCAACGAAGUGACAAUUUAUUCAGAUAUUACCCAGACACUUAACAAUGAUUUACACAGGAAGCCCAUUCCGAUCUUUCAACCAAUUAUUGGCAAUAUAUUUUCUCACUGGCCAAAAGACCAAUAAUUAGGCAAAAGAUCAGAAUUGGGCUGCCUGUGUAAAGGCAGCCAAUAGGAUAUCAAUAUUUUUGCCUAAAACACAUAUUCCAUUUGGACAGGCUAGAUUAUCAACCAUAUUAGCUUGUCAUUCCUCAAAUCACACAAGCUAGACAAAAAUAAAAGGCAGAGUACAAAGUUCGUUUAGUGCCUUUUUAUUAGAGAUAAGGAGACGAUACAAAACAUCCACCAUUCAAUACCAGUCUAAAUUCUGAACACAGGCUGUUCAAAUACGUCAC